UGGGAGUGGGGAAUUAAAUGAAACUGGUCAGAUCAGUAAUGCUCACUGGGUGAUCUCAGGUAUGACUUAGAUCUCUCUGACACGGCACUUGCAGAGAUGGUGAAACCACAGGACAAGGGGCUGCUGCAAUGAAUCGGCGGGGGACAGAGUAGUCAGGGUACCAGCUACAUGCUGCUACUUGUGAAGAAUCGUUGUAUCACCAAGCUGGGGUGUUGCUGAAGAUAACAUCCUUGGCACCAUGGCAACUGGGGAUAAAGUUGCCAUAUUAACUGAGGAUGAGGAAGAACAGAAGAGAAAGUAUGUCCUUGCUGAUCCUUUUAAUGGCAUCUCUGUGGAGCAUAACCAAGAUAGGCCCAAUGAAGCUUCCCAAGAGCUUCCGCAAAUGCCUAGUUCAGACCCAGAUAUGGACUGGCUAGAAAAACACUGUGUUAAAAUCAAUAAUGACCUUCUCAUUUCUAAAGUCUUCUAUUUCUUCUUUUACUCUGCAUAUGGAUCCCUCUAUCCACUUCUGCCUGUAUAUUAUAAACAGUUGGGCAUGACUCCUACCCAGAGUGGAUUGCUAGUAGGCAUUAGAUAUUUUAUUGAGUUCUGCAGUGCCCCGUUCUGGGGCGUGAUAGCUGACCGUUUUAAAAAAGGAAAGAUAGUUUUACUCUUCUCAGUUUUAUGUUGGGUUUUAUUCAAUUUAGGGAUCGGGUUUGUGAAACCAGCUGGAUUAAUGUGUGUGCUCAAGAAUCCAGUACCUGUGCAGCCAACUAACUCAAGCUUACCGUUGACUACAAAGCUGCCACUUACCUCUACACAAAGUAUCACCGUGGCAAAACGGAAAAGAGAUCUAAAUUUGGAACAAACUCUUACAUGGGAAGCUGAUUCUCCCACUAACUCUGAAUUAACAUUCGAUAAUGAAGAGUUAAUGUUCUUACAUCGCUUAGUUCGAGAUGCACAGAAUGACAGCAUUAAUAACCAAACUGGGAAAGAAUCUACCACUUCUGUAAUAACAACGUCUUUAGUCACUACCACCACCACCACAUCCCAGAGUCCCCCUGCUGAUUUGUACAGCUUGGUAUCUGAUCCAGAGGAUGUAGAAACAAUAUUCCUUUUGAUCUUGUUGGUUGUUAUUAUUGGAGAGUUUUUUAGUGCCCCGGCAGUGACUAUUGUGGACACAGUGACACUUCAAUACUUGGGAAAGCACAGGGAUCGUUAUGGUUUGCAAAGGAUGUGGGGCUCCCUUGGAUGGGGGUUAGCCAUGUUGUCUGUGGGUAUUGGAAUUGACCACACUAGCAUAGUGUUAAUCACUGGUGCUGGCUGCAAAGCUCCUGAGUAUAAAAACUACCGCAUUGCCUUUAUUGUAUUUGGUGUCCUGAUGUCCGUAGCACUUAUAGUUUCUACACAGUUUCGUUUCUACUACCAUCACUUAAAACAAGAAGAAGAUAGAAGGGAUGACGUAGAGAUUUCACCAGUGGAAACCAAUUCUCAACUUGAGUCUCCACAAAGUCAGAACGGAGCUAGAGAACAAGAGGGCAUAAACCAACACUUUAAGUUUCGUGAUCUGGUUAAGAUGUUUUUCACUGUGCAGUAUGGAUCGGUCCUCUUUGUGGCCUGGUUCAUGGGGUUUGGCUAUGGAUAUGUGUUCACCUUUUUAUUCUGGCAUCUAGAGGAUCUUAAUGGAACCACAACUCUUUUUGGGGUCUGCUCUGUAUUGAGUCACGUGUCAGAGCUCACUGCUUACUUCUUCAGUCACAAGCUGAUUGAGCUGGUUGGUCACAUCAGGGUACUGUAUAUUGGCCUUGCCUGCAAUACUGCACGCUACCUAUAUAUCUCCUACAUGGAUAUUGCCUGGACUGUUCUACCAAUGGAAGUUCUACAAGGUGUAACCCAUGCGGCAAUAUGGGCAGCUUGUAUUUCAUACCUAAGUGCUGCAGUCCCUCCUGCAUUACGGACGUCUGCUCAGGGUAUUCUUCAAGGCCUACAUCUAGGGCUUGGCAGAGGCUGUGGUGCUAUGAUAGGUGGAGUCUUGGUGAACGCCUUUGGUGCUGCAGAAACAUUCCGGGGGAUUGGAAUGGCUUCACUAGUGAUCCUUCUCCUCUUUGCUUUGAUCCAGUGGUUAGCAGUACCCCAGAAGGGAAAAGAUGCAUCAAUGUUGGCGGAAAGAAUCCCUGUCCCUUCCAGUCCAGUUCCCAUAGCAACGAUUGACUUGGUACCACAGCAUUCUGAUAAUAUCAUGCCCAGAAUCGAGCCUAAACUUCUAGAAGAAAACAAUUUAUUAUACACUAUAGGAACUUUUAACAUUUCAACUGCCAGAUAGUUGGUUCAAUAGGAGAAAACAUAUAAUAAAAUGUAUACAUAUUAGGAAAUAUGAGUACUGCAAUAUUAUCCUGUAUUUGAAAUACCCUUAAUAAUUGGAAUUGCUUUUUUUUUCUUUUUCAUACUCAACACUGAUUUUAGAAU